UUGCAGUGGGUGGCGUCCGACUCUCCAGCCACAGCAAGGCGACGAAGCUUAGGUUGCCUGGAUGCGUUUCCCUCAUCAGCCAUAUCGCAGCACCAAACGGCAUCUUUCCUUCGUCGCCGCGCCGUUACAACACAAAACUCGCUUCUUUCUCCCCUCCGAGACUUUCCCCGACCGCAGUGAAUCACCAUGUUCAGGAACAACUACGAUAACGAUUCCGUCACCUUCUCGCCGCAAGGCCGCAUCUUCCAGAUCGAAUAUGCGGGCGAGGCCGUGAAGCAGGGAUCAGUGGUGGUCGGAAUUGCCAGCAAAACACACGUCGGCCUGUUUGCCGUCAAGCGAAACGCAGAGGAACUGUCGUCGUACCAGAAGAAGCUUUUCGAGAUUGACGAACACACCGCCAUUGCCAUCGCCGGCCUCACAUCAGAUGCCCGCGUCCUGUCCAACUUCAUGAAGCAGCAGUCCCUGGGCCACCGCCUCACCUACGGCCGCCCGAUCCCCAUACACACACUGGUCGGCAUGAUUGGCGAAAAGGCACAGAUCAACACUCAGGUCUACGGCAAGAGGCCGUACGGCAUUGGGCUGCUGGUAGCUGGCGUCGACGAGAACGGCCCCCACCUGUUCGAGUUCCAGCCAUCGGGUAUGACGGAGGAGAUGGUUGCGUUUGCUAUUGGCGCGCGAAGCCAGAUGGCCCGGACAUAUUUGGAGCGGAACAUUGAGUCGUUUGCCGACUGCUCAAAGGAAGAACUGGUCAAGCACGGCUUGAGAGCGCUCAAGGAGAGCUUGGUACAGGACAAGGAGCUGACGGUCGAGAAUACAUCAGUGGGAUUGGUGGGCCUGAAAGAGGGCCCCAACGGCCGAUCAAGCAUCGAGCCCUUUAAACUAUACGACGGCUUCGAGGUCAAGUCGUGGAUCGAGAGUGCCAGCGAGAGCCAAGGAGGCGAAGGAGAGGGAGAGGGAGAUGCCGCCGCGGGCGAGGGAAUGGAGGUUGACAGCUAGACGACAAGGAGGCACUGAUGAACUAGAGGGGCUGCGGGAGAAGAGUUUAGAUCAUGUAUCACUAGAGGCUGCUUGGGACAGCACAAAUGGUCAAACUUGGCAUGAAUGAAGGAAUAAUAACAAAAAGAAAGAAAGAUACCUAAUCAUGAUAUUACUCCCGUUCCAUGACGUAAUUGUAAACCUGUCUAUGGAUAUAUAACGUUAUA